UGUGGUGGGAAAUGGAGAAGCUGGAUUUGUUUCUGCCGUUAGGAAAAGUUUAUCCCAAAGGAGGAAUAAUUCAUGAUAUAAAAAUAAUUUUACCACACAACUAAAGACCAUAUACAUGGGGCUCACUCUCUGAGAAGGGGAUGAGAGAUUUGAAUUCAUGGGCCCCAUUGACAUUCAUAUAUCUACUUACCCCUCUCACGUGCCCUUCAAUCAAACUUUCAACAGACUAUUGACUUCUCGUGAAUGGAUUCAGGAAAAAAAAUUCUUUAAAAAUAAAUCACGAGUAAAUUCCACGUUCAGAUAAAUCAAUUCCUUGUAAACGUUGAAAUUUCCAUAUCUUGAUUUUUAACUUAAGUGACAAAAGCUUUCAUGUUUGGUUAGUUGACUUAUAGGUAGUACUGUUCCAUACCAUAAUCAGAUAUCAGUUUGAGAGAGAAAGUUAAGUGAGCUAAGAGGCAGACGCAGUCUAUAAAACAUGAGCUAACUAAACUGAGUAAAGAGACAUGCCUGUUAACGAGAACUGUGAAGCUCAACAAGCAUGGGUACAAGAAUAUUGGUAAUUUUGCUGUUGAGUUUGACAGCAGAAUUUGCAGUAUCGUUAUGCAGAAGCAAGGCAGUGCAAGUGAUGAAGGAACUGAAACUGAAAGGGCCAUACUUUGGUAUCAUAGCGGCUUACCCACCUGAGGAGAUCGCUUUCUUCGCUUCCAAGGCAUUCAAACCCGAUCCAAAACACCCUUUUGUGGAACUCUCAGGGAGGCUAUACUGGGUGGGGAAGAUCUUCGAUAAGAAAGUUAUAUUUGUGAGGUGUGGAGUAGGAAUGCUGAAUGCAGCAGCAGUGACACAACAGAUGAUUGAUGUGUUUGACGUAAUUGGAAUUCUCCAUUUUGGAAUUGCUGGUAGUGCAAAUGACUCCAUUUCCUUUGGAGAUGUCACCAUUCCCAAACAAUUCAUCCAUACUGGCUUAUGGGACUGGCUGAAACCGAACGGGACACUUGAAAGCAGUGACUUUGCUCGCUUGGAUUUUGGAAACUUCAAUGUGCCGAAAGGCAAAAAUUUGUUGGGACGAGUUGGUUACAGUUCUGAAGAAUUCUUUUCUGUCACUGGAAAACCUAACUUAUCACAGCGUUUGAUCUGGGCAAAGGUUACUUCUCAAUGGCUUCAACUUGCUGCUACUUUGGAGGGGAUACAACUAGAACAAUGUAUAAACUCGAGCUUUUGUCUGCCACAUGAUCCCAAGUUAGUAAUUGGUGUGAAUGGCACAUCAGCCGACAUCUACGUGGACAACGAAGCUUACAGAGAUUUUCUGUUCCAAACAUUUCAAGUUUCUUCUGUUGAUAUGGAGAGUUUCCCAGUAGUGAUGACAUGCUUAUCAAAUGGAUUCCCAGUGAUAGUGAUAAGAGGCAUCUCAGAUAUGGCGGGAAAAAAUGGAGACGAAGCCAUUGAUACUUUUGGAGCUCUUGCUGCUACUAAUGCUGUCACAGUUUUGCUUCACCUUCUCAAGAUUUUGCCUUCCUCACACCAUCAUUACAUUUCACUGUUAAAUUCUUAAUUACAAUAAUAUGAUGUUUCCUCCUUUAAUUAGCGCAUAUUUAGACUCCUUUAGAGGCAUUUUCAUUACAUUUCACUGUUAAGUUCUUGACUACAAUAAUAUAAUGUUCUCCUCCUUUAAUUAGCGCAUAUUCAGACUCCUUUAGAGGCACUUUCAUUUAA